AUGGCCACAAUCUCACGACCGGCCUACGUGCUCUCGGCCAUUUUGGUCUUUGCAAUCCUCACCUUCAUCCUCUUGCCAAACUUCAAUGCCGAGCCUCCGAGCCUCGGAACCCAGGCCAAGAAGGGCAGAAAGGAAUACACCGCGCCCAAACAGAAUGUCUUUGCUGAAUUAACGGCCAAGGAAGCCGAGGACGUCAAUGAAUUCCUCUUCGAAGAUCUUGCUCAUCUCAAUCUAACCAAGACACCCAAGAGCAACCGGGACAAUUUUGUCUUCUAUCUCGAAACCCUGCGGCCCAACAAGACCGAUGCUCUGGCUUAUCUGCACGGCUCCAGCGAGCCGCCUCAACGAUGGGCCAAAGCAAUUUUGUCGGAAUACCGCGACGACGGACCGUACAUGGCGCACUACAUGGUUUCUCUCCCCAUCACCUCCAAAUCCAAGACGCUGCCAUUGACGUACGUCUUCAACUCCGGCUCCAACGCCGUGCGGAUUCCCACCUUAGACUUCGAUGGCCUUUUCGGAGUCGGACAGUCCAUCGCAGCCAACAUAUCGGAUAUCACGCUGGAGUUACUCGGUGCUGAGAUCAACCUCGAGAAGCCCGAGGCCCCGGACGGCCUGCUGUGCUGGCCGCGGCCCGCAGGCAUCGAGCGAGGCGGGCAGGUUAUGUGGUUCCAGAUCUUUAAGCCCGGCAUUGCUUCGGGUGCGAGGACCUUGUUGCCACAGGGCAUCUACGCUAAAGUCGACGCCAACAGUCUGUUUGCUGAGGAAUGGACUGUGGAAGAAUAUUACUACAAUGGCCAGCUGUAUGAUACCGCGGAUGAUUUUCGAGCGGCCAUCAAGAAGUCCGAUUUCGUUCGAGCACCACGCAAUGAUGACGGACCUUGGACUGCUACGGAAGACUUUGAUUCGCAGCCUGAUGGACGCGAAUUGCCCCCACCCGUAUCUGUCCAGCCGUAUGGCCCUCGCUAUAAACUCGAUCGCAAGCAGCAGUUUGUGUCGUGGUUUGGAUUCGAGUUCUUCAUCACCACUGCCCAGGCUACCGGCGUCUCUCUCUUCGAUGUGAAGUUCAAGGGAGAGCGUGUCGUCUACGAGCUCGGACUUCAAGAGGCCUUGUCGCACUACGCUGGCGAUGACCCCGUGCAAGGUGGACUGGAAUUCCUCGAUACCUUCCUGGGCAUGGGCAAGCUGAUGUUCGAGCUGAUCCCCGGCUACGACUGCCCAGCUUACGCGGACUUUCUCGAUGUCCAGUGGCACCAGCUUUACGAGACAAAUACUUUACCCAACAGCAUUUGCCUCUUUGAGUACACGUCUGAUUCCCUGCUGUCUCGCCAUACCGCACAAUACUCCGUCACCACCUCUCGAAACACGUAUCUCACGCUGAGGUCGACCUCGACGGUAGGCAACUACGACUACACGGUUGAAUACAUCUUCUAUCUCGACGGCACGCUCGAAGUCAAAGUGCGCGCCUCGGGCUUCAUCUUCGGCGCCUUCUACUCAGCCAACAGCAGCAAGACCGAGGAUUUAUACGGCCACCACGUGAAUGAAGGUCUCGCGAGCAGCAUGCACGACCACGUGAUCAACUUCAAGGCAGACAUGGACGUCGCAGGCACCGCAAACGAUAUGGUCCGACUCGCCAUCGAGCCCAUGACCAAAAGCUACCCCUGGGACCUCCCCGAGAUCAAACAAAGAAACACCAUGCGCCUUGUGGAGUACCCAGUGACCGAAGAGACGUUCCUCGACUGGCCACGCAAUGGCGGGGAGAUGUACAUCGUCUACAACUCCGAGGAGAAAAACUCCUGGGGCGAGCGCAAGGGAUACAGAGUCGUGCCCGGGACGGGCAUCGCCUCGCCUCCCCAUCUCACCAUUGAAAACUCGACCACGCUGGGCGAUGGCGCGAGAUGGGCCGAGCACGAUUUAUGGGUAUUGAGGAGGAAAGACACAGAGCCUCGCUCGGCGGAUCCAUUGAACUACUUCAACCCUCACGACCCGAUCAUCGAUUUCACCAAAAUGGCCAACCACGAGAGUCUGCAGCACGGCGAGGAAGACGAUGACUACGACGGCGAUCUCACCCUCUACUUGAACGUCGGGAGUCACCACGUGCCCCACUCGGGCGACAUCCCCAACACCCUCAUGCACACCUCCGCCUCAAGCGUAAUGUUCAUCCCGCACAACUUCCUCGACCGCGACGCCAGCCGCGAAAGCGUGCAAGGCGUGCGCCUGCAGCUCAAAGGCAACGGCGCCAGCGGUGGCUUCCCGGGCGACAUUGGCGACACUCGGCCGGGCGGCGACGACGACGACGACGACAACAACGAGGAUUUGAAAGCGCGGUUGCGUCGGCGUAGGCGCGCUACCGCGCUGGACAAGGAGCGCAGGCCGGAAGCCAAGUAUUUUGGCGCGACGUAUGAGGAGGGGAUGAAGUUGGGGGUGGAGGAGUUUGAGCCGGUGCUGCCGCAGCAGUAUCGGAGUUAUGAGAAUAGGGUGACGGAUUUGGGGUUUAAUGGGAGUGCGGCGGGGGUUUGGUUUAAGUGA